AACAAACACAAACAGAGGCGGGUGUUGUCAGGUACCCGGCAAUAGGUUCCUUCAUUUUGUCGGUAAGGGUGUUUUAUGAGCAACAUCUUUCUGCUCCGUGGAACACAGGAGGUUGCCAAUCCAGCGGUGAACACCCUAGACUUGACUGAGCUUUCUCCUCGAUGAGCGGGAGUGCAGUGGUGAAGUUCCGAAGUGUUCUUUUCUUGAUGGAAUAGGCUGGGAAAGGUUGCGGUGGAGGGACACCGGUACAGACAGGCGGAGGCGAUCUUAGCAUCUAGUCCUCCAGCAGCGGAUCAUUACGACGAAGAAUAGCCAAACCGGAGCUUGUGCGAGCACCCGUGCGUGCGGGUGCUGGUGCUGGUUGGGUGCGGAAGAUGUAUAUGGGUGCAAACUGUUACUCCUCCACCAUGCUUGCUCAUCUCUCUUUGUGCCUCAGGUAUCCACUCCAUAAUGAUAACUAUUGGUUGAUGCCGAAGUCUCUAUCUUCACCUCUGUCUACGCUCCUCGUGCCACCCCCUCCUUGUCCAAACCAAGUAAACUUACUAUGCGUGAGCCUCUGCUUGGUUUUGAAUAUCUCUCGUUUCAUGGUACCAGAGAUGAAGGUGACGACUGUUCCGUUCUAGAAUUCAUUGCCCGCAAAUCGUCGUUAACGUGAACUACUUGGCCCUGGUAGGUGUGGCGCAGAAUAGGAAGUUUGUGGAGUUGUAAGCUGUGACCUCUUCAGCAUUUGUAGCAUUAAAUUCGCUGCUUGUAGUGGAAUGUGCAGGUUUUGUUUGUGCUUACGCGUUCUUUUGGUUUUGAGUGAUAUUUAUUUUUUUUCUCUUUUUCAGUAUCCUUGGUGUGCGCCGUAAGGUGUGGUUUUGUUUUAAGGUGGCCUUGCAGUGCAGAAGACCCGCGCUGGGGACUGAGAUUUUGUCACUGUGAUACAAAAGAGUGAGGGUAUGGAGAGGAUGAGCGUUGCCAGUUGCGCAUAGUGGGUUUUGAGCUAUCACAAGCAUCAUUCUUAUUCCGCGAUGAGUCUUUAUUGAGUCUCUUUUGACGAUCUGAUGGCAAGGCGAGGGAGUGGCGGAAGACCAAAAUCCUGAACAGAAUUAUGCAGACAUCCUCUUGGGUGAAUUGAUUGUUACGACUACCGGCAAUUUGGGAUAAUAAAACGCGGAGAGAGGUAUUUUCCUCCCGCAGAGAUGGACGACGCAAAUUCAGUGUAUGUUGGGGGGCUUUCUUACGAAAGCACCGAAGAUACAGUGAGAAAACAUUUCAUGACGUUCGGCGAGGUUUUGUCGGUCAAGAUUGUGCAUGAUAAGAUGAGUGGGGAGUCUCGCGGCUUCGGAUUCGUCACAUUUGCUAACCAGAGAUCGGCCAGCAUGGCCAUCAGCGAUGGGGAUGGAGUGCAAAUCGAAGGCCGCUGCAUACGCGUCAACCAGGUACGGAAGAACAAAGGAUUCUACGAACGCACCUUUAAGUUCCGGGACAGAAGAGAGCGGUCUCGGCGACAAGAGUCGCCGCCGUUUCGUGAGCGACUGCGCCACCGCACUAGAUCCCCAAUUUUGCUACGUAGUCGCUCGCACCCACCAUUGUAUUCUAGCGAAUUCAAAAUGACCAGUCCAAAUUCGAGCGCUGGAGGUUACAAUACCUCCGAGCCCGAAGAACGUGCAGGAGCAGGGAGCUCCGUCUCACCCCAGAGCUCCGAGGGCGGCACACGGAAGGAGUCCGUGUACAAGGGAGGAAAUUCCAAUUCCAAGCUGAGAUCCCGGAUCGCCACUGCCAAGGGAGAGGGCGGAGUCAGGCGUUUACAAGAAGAGCUCGAGGCAACCAGAGAGCACCGGCGAGGACUGGAGGAGAAAGUGGCCCACCUCAAGGGCGUGGUGGAGAGGGCCGAUGUCACCAUAGCCGCUCUCAAAUCCAAGUCACACAAACUGGAGGAAUCCUUGGCGAGUGCUCAAAACUUGGUAUCCCAGCGUAGCUUCCAGCUGAAGAGACUGCAGACGAGCGUCUUCCACUUCAAGCUUGCCGUGGAGAGGCUCACCAGCAGCGAGAAGGAGAUGAAGGACCUAGCUGCUUUGACAUCUCUGGAGGUGGACGAGCACCCUAGGACUACCACAGACACACUUCUUGUUUACGAUUACGCUGCAGAGGACGAGUUAAACCACGAGAGCGAGGAAAAUAAUCACAACAACGCUGCCUAAUGUUUCCCAUACACCAUGUUGUUGAAGCGCGCUCAAGUGGGUAUUAACAUCAAAUGUGUUUCAACGCACCUGCAACGACUAUUACUCUGAUUGCCCAAUCAUGAGGCAUGGUGCAACGAGGAGUCUGGCGCAACGACGAAGAAACCAACUUAGCAGGGCGUCCUUUCACUGCUUCUUCUCCUCCGUCCCUUUUCUUUCGUGCAUUAUCGACACAGAUGAAGGGGCUUGAUAUCUAGUCAUGUGGUGUCUGAUGGGGUGGUUGCUUCAAAGUUGUAUAGCUAAUGAGCGCUGUUACCAAGGAAGAUCCUUUCUCCUGCUUCUAUUCUCAACAACUCGGAGGCUCCCGGCUCGCAGGGUGUGGAUUGUGCCGAAAGAGUGAUCAGGCGCUUUGGAUUGUUCGACUCUAGGAGAUGAUUCCAUACUAAUUUGUACAUCUUACUUCUUUACCGAUGUGUAUUUCAGCUGUGAUGGCUAUGGUCGUCUCAAUCAUGAGGAGGCAUGAAUGUUCUUAUUUGCGGUUAAACCUUUGAAUCUUUGGCAUCCUGGUGGAUAAUAGCAAUAUUAGUCAUGCAAAAAUUCGUGGA